CUUUGCUGGUAUGUUCUAAUUCAAAACAACAUGAUUAUCCAACACGUAUAUAUGAUAGGCUUAACUCUUGGCUUGAUGGGUCUCGAUGAGACUCACCUUCAGGUCAUGGUGGAAACUGGAUCAGAAUCAGAAAAGAAACAUGCACUUCAAGUACUCUCAUUACUAGAUAAAGGGAAAUAUUGGGUUCUCGUAACAUUGUUGCUGUCAAACGUCAUUGUGAACGAAACGCUGCCGAUCGUACUUGAUUCGCUCAUUGGUGGCGGAAUUUGGGCUAUACUUAUAUCAACAGCUUUAAUUGUCAUCUUUGGAGAAGUGAUACCACAGUCCAUCUGUGUGAGAUAUGGCUUGGCCAUUGGUGCAAAAUGUUCCAAAAUUGUCUUGGUUAUCAUGUAUUUACUCUACCCAAUUGCGUAUCCUACUUCGCUUGUAUUAAACUAUUUCUUGGGCACAACACGAGGCACCACUUAUAAGAAAGCCGGCAAGUAUUUUACUUUAUCACAUAGUCCUAUUAUUGACCAUACACAUACAGGACUUAAAUGUUUAGUAUCAAUGCAUCAGUCGGAUGAUACCGAAGGAUUGACAAGGGACGAAGUUCACAUCAUAUCUUCAGUUCUUGAUCUAAAAGAGAAGCGUGUUUGUGAUGUUAUGACUCCUUUGAAAGAUGUAGUUGCAUUAUCUCUUGAUACUGUGUUAGAUAAGGCACUUGUACACCGAAUCCUCAAACAGGGUUAUUCGCGUAUACCAGUUACAGCAGCAGAUGAUAAGGAACAUUAUGUCGGUAUGCUUCUUGUCAAGAGACUCAUCAGUUAUGACUGCUCAGACGAACUGACGGUAUCCAAGUUUCCUUUGAGUCAAUUACCUGAAACAAGUCCCAAUACGAGUUGUCUCGAUAUAUUGAAUUUCUUUCAAGAGGGGAAAAGCCAUAUGGCACUUAUUACAAAAUACCCAGGCAAAAAGCCAUUAGGAGUGAUUACCCUAGAAGAUGUCAUUGAAAGCUUAAUUGGAGAGGAAAUUGUAGAUGAAACAGACAUCUUUGUUGACAGUAAAAUGUACAACUUAUCCUUGUUCAACAUUACUAACCUUAAAUAUUUGUGUAUGUGUGCCUAG